AAGUCAAAGCAUCAAGCGAAUGGUACAGCAGCCGAAACAGCUAAGCUCCAACAUGAAGGUGAGCCUCUUGUUGUUUUAAGGUUAGAAAAUAUUAGAUUAUAUCAAUGAAGGACGGCGGUCAUCUUUCUGUUGCGAAAAUUAUCGCCGGUUGAUUAACGGAUUCAGAUUGUGGUCUGGGCCGGCAUUACAGUCAACUCCCUCUAAGACGGACACCUUUGGGACCGGGAGUAAGUGUCCGUCUUAGAGAGAUGUUCGUCGUGUAGAGAGUCAAAUAAAGGGAGUAAAGAAAGGCAGGGACCAACUCUAGGUGUCCGUCUUAUAGAGGUGUCCGUUAAGAGAGAGUCGAUUGUAUUCAGCGUUCACGGUUGCCUGGUACAUCAUUCAUUCAUUCCCAUAAGCAUUCCAAGAAACUGCCAAGAAUUGCCUGUGAGGUAUUUUACUCAGCAAUGGUGUCCAGUCAUGAGAGGUCACGGUUUCUUCAUCUGACAAUUGAAACCGCCGAAAUUUUAAACGUUUUCGUUUGCAAUCCAUGUUAAUUUCCUGCAUCACAAACUAUCCUUCAUCCUUUAUAGUUUACAGGGGGGCCUAUUGAUUGGCUUUUGGUUACCAUGGUUACUUCUUCUUUCUCUCAGUUAAUUUACUCAAGAUAAUUUUGAACGCCACAAAAAAAGAAUCCGUAUCGCAGCAAAGACGGAUCGUUCCGAUUUACAAGAGAUUAUAACUACCACAGUCGCUGGCCAGAACUCGAUUAGGAUCUCGAUUAGGAUUACGAUCUGUGACGUCUUACGUAAUAACCAAUCCUCUCUUAAGGACUAUGACUCAUGUUACUUGACGCUACAAAAUUCAACAUCUGCAAAUUUUAUAUUUCAUGUAAUUAUUUUACUUGGGAAUUAAAAUUGUAUUUUUUCAACGAGUUCAUGAUCAUAACCCUUUUCCUGGGGCUUCAAGUGCAGAAUUCUUGGAAUUGCUAUGUACUCUCAUCUGUGUGUGCUUCAAACUGAAAUGAACCACUAACGUCCCCGGAUAUACCUUUAAACUCCGAAAAGAAACCUCUUCGCAUCUCGCCCUCGAGGCUUAUACCUGGCAAUUGCUACCAGCUGUAAAGGAAGCAAAGCUUUCGAGAAACGACCGGCACUGCUACACUAUAAGAUACAAUGCGAACAACAAACUAAAAUCCAGAGUACAGUCAAAGAGGCCUCAGGGGUCCUUACCUCCCCUUAUUUUUAUAUUUGAUUAAAACGAGGCCCACAGGGUCGAAAGGAAUUAUUUUUGUGUGUAGGCCGUUCCCAGGUUAUCUUAAGGUCUGGAUGAGUUGGCCUCCUUUGACCUUACCCAGGCUGUCCAGAGAAAAUAGAAGGUCUGUGAACAGGCUAGACCUUACGUGACAAUCCUCGACAUCUGCAUUAGCCACUGAGGGAAUCCCAUUAAUAGAAACAGAGUUCAUUGCUUGUGGUUUUCGAAGUAGGAAAUAGCGUUCCCAUUCUUUGUGCCCCAAUAUUACUCUGUCAUUGAAAAUUGCUGACAUAACUAUAUAUUUCGCUCCCUUUUACAAACUAAGCCCAUUUUGAAAUGUAAAUUUCCUUUCUCUGAAACUUUUAAAAAUAUAAGCCCUAGAGCUCAUUUUCGGAAUUUUAUUGUAGGACCUUUCUUUAGGCAAUUAUAUGAACUAAUCAUUUUAAUAUUGCAAACUUUCUUGACCAUCCUGAAUAACUGAACGACAACAGCAAAAUCUGUGUUAAUCGCGAGGAUUUGGUGCAUCGCUAGGCGUUGCAUUAAAAAAUUAAACGAAAUUCGUCGUAUCAGACCGGUCUCCUUCUGUGACAAAUACGGCGUAAGUGCCCUUGUUAUCAAACCCGCAAAUUGUCGUUAUAACAAAGUAAACAAUCAUUAUUUUCUUAAUGGAAAUUCCAAUUGAAAAUUAUUGAAAUUAUUAACCAGCUGCGUGAGAUUGUUUGAAUAUGUGUCUUUCCAAUAUCAAUAUCUGCAAAUGCAUAGCUAUCCGCAAUUCUUGCAAAGCACCUUCUAAUGUCGUGAUUGUACUUUCCUGUCUAUGGAAUCAUUCCUUGAGAGUACAUGCAUGUUGAAAAAAACAAAAUACAAAACCUGACUGAAAUGCAUGAGUUCUACUGAUUAGCUUCCGUCAUGUAACACAGUUUACAAGAACAAACUAGUAUUUUCUCUGUUAAAGGUGCAGGUUGUAAUGCUCCUUGGACAAUGUCGUUCUGGUUUAAAAAAUGCCGGUUUCAGUAUAAAUGGCUAGACCUAGGUCUAUCAAGAAAAUCGAACAAAAUUAUGACAUCCAUAUCCUGAGCUUUUCGUAGAAGCAAUUUUCAUUUACAAUUGACAAGUUGUUGAGUUGAUUCCUGCAAACUGAAUUGGUACCAGGUCACGGUGUACCUAUUUUCUGAUCGUUUCUUCUCUAAACUCAUGAUUAAUCUACUCUAUAUCUUUACUGACAACUAUACAAUAGAAUACAAUACAAUAAGUUUAUUAACUUGUUCCAAAUUGGGAUUUUCAAUAUUAAUUUACAAUCAUCAGAAGAAAACCUACAACUAGGAACACCACUCUGCUACGCUAUUGAGAUCGUUAACAAUCUACUUAGGGCAUCUAGUUUUUCGUUGGUUGCAAAGGAAAUAAAACGUUUAUUGUAAUCAACAUAGGAGUAGUUCGAUAAAAGAGAGGAUAUGAGGCAAGCAGUCCUUGAUGACAGAGACGGACACUUUGUCAUAUGCUGAGACUUUACUGUUGGGUAUGCCUAUAAUCACUUUACGAACAUCUGAACAGAGGACAGGCUUAAACUCGAACAGUCAGUUCAUCAUGACCAUGAUAAGAUAAGAUUGGAAUGAAAAAGUCGGAUGUGCUGCGGAGACCAAAAGUUUCAGUUAGUUUCUCUGAUGCACGGAAGGCAUUCUCGCCUACGGAUAAAAAGAAGUGAUUGCACUCUUCUGCUAAACUGGACGUGCCUUUGGAGUACUGAAGACAUAUGAAACUAAGCGCACUUUUUUGCUACUCAGUAUGGAAGAGAAAUGCUGGAGUUAAUUUAGUCGGUUUUAUUAGUGAAACAAAACAACUCUGGCGAAGUGAUUAAGGAGCUACAUGAAAAAAGGGCUUGACCUUCAGUGACCUUAGCAGUUACGACCUUUGUUAGCCUCGAUCACCACUCAUUCAAAGCAACAUUUUGAUCUCUGAAUAAAAAACACGAGUUUGUAAUUGGGAACAAAAAUAUAGCAAAGUGUGUAAUGCCCCCCCUCCCUUUUUUUUACUUAUUUUGUAACACUAGGCUAGAUUCGUCCGCUCUCAGCUAACUGUGAUUGUGAAAAGUUUGACUAAAACAAAUGAAGGCUUGAAAAGAACCGCUUCGCUCUUAGGAAUGAAGUAAACUAUGAUCCUUCAUGGUCACCUUAAAUCAAAUAGAUAGUUAGUUCGGACCCAACUUGAUUUUACGGAAAGAUUUGUUGUUUUUUUUCCCUCCGCGGAACUAACUCUACCAUACCUCAAUGAUGACUAUGGACAAAAAUGGAAUACAUUUCCUUGAAUUGCCGAAAACAUUCGUUUUCAUUUAUCCCACAAUUUGUAAAACUUCAACACUGUGUGAUGGAAACCAUAUGCUGAGUAAUAAUGAUCAUCUGUGGAAUGCAGCUUAGCUUAGUGCUGUUUGAAAAAGCGCAACUCUAAAUGCUUGUCAGUCUGACGACGCCUUUACCAGAAGUGAAACCUUCCCUUGCAAAAUGCCCACGCUGCUUCUAAAUCUUGUGAUUUUCUCAGUAGCUUCUAAAAUAGCGUCCAACCAAAUAUAGCCUCUAAGUUUAGGCUGAUUACCAAAUAAAAUCAGCAUUACGACGUUUUUAGUAACACUCUCGCUGGUUUAAUUCAGGGCAGAACUGCUGAGCUGACAAGCCUGGAAAAGACGGGGGUUUUACGAUCUUCCAUCGAAAUUCUGACCAGUGCUGUUCACGCUCUCUCAUCUUUUUACUAACUUUACCUGAGGUCUAAGUCGACGCGAUUGACCCACUUAUAACAACAGCAUUAGCUAAAAUUCCUGACCAGUAUUAUUGUAAAACCUCAAAGACCAAGUUUGUUUUCUUUGGGGCACCUCCUAUCGAUAUUAUCAUUGAAGUAAACAAGAAAUUUCGAGUGAUACUUGCGACUUUGCUAUCUUAAGCUGUAUAUGUCACGACAUUCUUAACUUGAUCUGGUAUUUGUACGAGGGGAGUAUCUUUCAACUCGGCGAUUAUUUUCCACAGAUUGGCUUUCUGUAGUGCUCAAAUAAUGACUUAUAUUAGCCCUGUAUUUUCAUAACAUGCCUUAAGAACCUUUUUAUGGAUAAAGACAAUUCGAGGACUCGGCCAUUAGAGACGAAGCGAUGAUUUAAGGCAGUGUAUAAACAUAUGUGAUCUUAAGUGAGUUUUAAAACCUCGGUGAGACGAUUAAGGAGACCUUCGUUAAGUGUUUUCUAGAACCGGUUUAGAGUUACGAAAAUCAUUUGUGUGGUCCUCGUUCUUUCAAAUAUCUUAAAGUUUUAGCCUCCUAUUUUUGAUGCAAAAUACUCUGCGAUAUUACACGACCUCAAACUAGGUUUCGUCGAUAUAGACAGGUGAUAUGUUCAUUUACCGAACGUAUCUCAUUGGGAAACAAUUAUUCAAGGGAAGAGGAUUUCAUUCAGCUAUAUGUCCGUAAGUGCUUCUUUGUAUACCGGCACGGGUUGGUCAGACGCCUUUGGUCUUUGCCUUUGCCUAGGUAAACCUUGCGCCACCUUAGGUUUUUUGGCAUGGAAGCUUUAAUUUGGCACUGAGAUGGACUGAGGUAAACCGCUAACUGACAUGAUGUCUAAUCUAAUUUUAAUGAAUCCAGGCCCAUUUUAGAGGGAUUUAUAUGGAGUCAUCGGAGCAUCUCCCCACCUAUUUGCGGCAAUAGCAAGUGAACGUUUUUCAUCUUUUUCAUUCUGGAUAUGCCAACCAAUACCAUAAUUUCCCACAUUUAGUUUCUGUGACGUCAUCACUUCUCUUUUCCUUUGCGCCCGCGAUGGUACUAAAUGGCGUUAUUCCCGCCUCCAUGUUCCCACCAGUCCAUGCCAGCUUUCUUUUCAUUUCCCUACCUAAUGAUAGUUGAGUCAAGGGCUCGCCUUUCGUCAAUUAUCUGCCGAAAGAAAUCUCGAGUUCCUUUUCUAGCUGUUAAUCAGCUUUUGUUUCACCAUCAUCAUUUAAGUUAUUGUGUAAUUUAUCAUUCCUUUGCAUGUCUAUUGCCUAGAGAAUGGAGGUAAAUUUUGACAUUUAACUCGGAAAAUGAUAUCAUUAGUCUCUCCUAGACCUGCAAACGAAGCCCGUUCUUUAUUUUCACACAGAUCCUUUAUCUUUCCCUCUUCUAUCCGACAGAGUUAACGAAUGAUAAACGGUUUAGGUAGCUAAGCACGAAAGAAACGUAAGAACCGCACCUUUUUAAUUAGUAUUUCUCCCUUGAUUGUUUUGGUCUACGUUUGGAAAGGAAAAACCAACUAACUUAUCGGUUAUCAUUUUUCCCCUUGAUUUGUUCUGACCAGCGUUUUUGGUCAAUAAUUUACGUGUAAUUUUGAUCAGUAAAAUAUACCUUACAAACCGAUCUUAAUAUACGACCGCACCACGACUACGCCCUUUAUUUACGCAUGCCACGUGCUAUAAAUAGAAAAGACGGAAACUGUAGCCCACAACCGCGUCUAAACUGCUCCUGCCUGAAGGAAAUAGGAAGUGGCCACUAUAUAGUUGCUCUUACUUAAGCGUUUUCCAUCUUAUACUGAAUUAGCGAAGGGUUUUAUUCAUAAAUUUUGAUGGUGUUUUCCUCACUUGGCCGGUAGAGCCACGCGCUGCGAGUGAAAAAGUAAAAUUAUGCAAACUGCAUUUGAUUUUAAAAAAGAAAAAUAAGAGACUGCUCUUAGCCUAUUGACUUGGUCCAUUGCAGCUUUUUUUGUGCCUCUACUGUCGGUUGUUCUUUUCUUUUUUUUUCUGUUUCUGACGAAGCCCAGAAGACUUCAUGUUCUCGGCCAGGUUUUGUUAUUGAUCGAAGUUUGUGUUUGGCUAGCAGGGCCAGUAACAGGGGCACCCAACGAGAAUAUAGUUCAAAACCACCUAAACAUACCAUUGUUAAAAGUGUUUUAGUAUGUAAACGGUGGAUAUGGGCAUAUUUUUAUCCCCUAUAAAUUUUUUAUCUGUUCGGAUUUCCCAGCUGAAAGUCUAGUGAUCCGAAAAUUAUAGGGAUCAAAACUUACCUGUUCGAAAAUUUCAGCCAGAAAAAAGGCUCCCGAAAAUUUUAGGUGACCUUUCUAGGGUAAAAAUCCCCUGAAAAUGGGCAAUUUUACCAUUUUUUAGAUGUUCGAAAAUCCUAGGAGAGGCAGGCAAGCAAAAAAUUUUACAACAAAUGUUCCGAAAAUUAUAGAUCUCAAAUCGUCUUCCGAACAGAUAUUUUUCCGAAAAUUGUCGUUGGGUGCCCCUUCAGUAACCCCUGGGCUUGCCAGGCUAUAAUUGGACCGGAUGACCACGCAACACAUUCCAAGGCGGGGCUCAAACAUGCAUUUAUUUUAUUUGAAAACAACGAACAAUCGCAGAUAAACAGGAUGAAGGAGUGAAAUUAUUCCUCAUAACAAUGUUAACGCAAUUUAUCGGUAUAGGUCAAUUUGUGAUAUUGUUUUAAGCGUUAGAAUUGGUAUCAUUUUAUGUUUGUCAUCAUAUUUGCAGUUGUCGUCUCUGAACGAUACUCAAUCGCAGCGAUUGUAUUUGCGGGUCGCCUCUCCUUUUUCGGUAGGCACAUUUCAUAUGCUGAAAGGAGUAAAAGAAAAUUUUUUAUGUCGUUUUUGUUGUUGGAAUUACCUUAGGAAUAAACGAAUUUUUUAAUUUUAAUAUUUCUCAUUUUAUUGUUCAGAUUUCAGGUCUCCUUACCUACGAACAAAAUUAUAUAGGCUUGCAAGAAUUUUGGAAUUUUCGAACUUCGUAAUUAUAGAUUAAUAAUUGCUUGUUGAUGCUAUAUAACAAUUGAGAGCAAUGAAAGCAAAAUUAUAAUAAUAAUUGACAUAAAGACAGCCACAGGGAAAAAAGAAAAAAGAGAGAGUUUUUGUAUUUUCCCAAAGUUUAUUUUUCAUUCCCGGUGGGUUUAGGCCGGGACGGAAACACACACAUUCAAAAGCGAAAAGUGACAGAGGAUGUGUGUCUGUUUUUUUGUUUUGUUUUUGUUUUUUACAGGAAACCGAAACAUUUUUUGUAAAGGAUGUUGAUUGUAAUUUCCUUAUGAACGCCAAAUUCUGAUUUUCACGAAUAGAGAGAGCUUCAGGGCGUAUCAAAUUGCUGAUAAAUCGACCGGACCUUCAUUGUUUUGCACAUAGUUCACGGACCAGUGCGCACGGCUGAGUCAAGUGACUGACAAAUAAUCGCGUCAAAACAGAAUUAACCAGCGAAUGUAGAGUAUGCUGGCGAUUAGUGGGUCAGAGAUUUGGAAAUGUUCAUAAAUGCAAAUACGGCCAUUUAUUUAUGGAUCCGUUUUGUAAAGGAAGGCUGACUCUUUUUCCUUCUCGGUUGUUCUGACUGCAGUCCAUUGGAGGACCGGGAAUUCGUGCAUCAAUAUGGCGGCGACCAGCGCAAGCACCAAGACAAGACAGCGAAAACUUUCGUUUACGUCCACGAUCCCGCUGUUAAACCGAACAAGAUCAAUGACUGACCAAACACUGCUUGGAGUAUUAAAUAUACUUCGCAUGGACGAAGGGCAAGGGCAGAGUUUUAUGGUGAAGGCAAUUCUCCCCGAUGGAAAACCGAGAUUGGUAAGUCGGUUAAUUGUUCAUUUCAUGGACAUUACCUUUGAUAGUUAAAAACGAUUUAAAGUUGCUGCAGCUUUAAGCUUGUAUUCAGAAGUACAACGCAGCUCUCUAUGUUUGUUUAGUAGUCUGUUUGAUGUUUGUCGGAAAGCACCUAAUUUGCGUUUAACUAAAGUUUGUGUCCGAACAUUUCAGCUGACUAUGGAGCUUAAAAUGCAGAGUUCAAUUUCACUUGCGGCAUGUUCAUUUCAAAACGUCUGUCAUCGAUUCUGCAGAGUUUUGAGACUGAUUUAGCUUUGUUUGGGUCGGAAAACUUGUAUUUCGUUUCCUGGGGUUGAAUUAGUUUAUUAAACUGACGGUUUCAUGCGGAAAUGUUUUCCUAAACAUGAUGAUUCCACUCCGGUGUGGGCUUGCAUAUUUCAAGUGAAGUUGUAUGUUGUGAUAAGACAUACAAGAGUGGCAACAUACUGAGUGAGAGAUACAUGCCAACUUGAAAAGACAAAAAGCGGGAAGUUCAGUCUAUAAACAGCAACAUUAAUCCAUUUAGAACACUUGCAAAGGAUUCGCAAACUAUUAUAAACACCCAGAUGAUCGGCAUUAAAUAUCGUGAUUUUGCGAUUUUAAGCGGCUCUGUAAUAAAAAUGUCGACCUCUUGAACGUCAUUUUCCAGAAGUUAAUAGCCAUUUACCUGUCUGCAAUCCCUUCCAUUGUAUAUACAGUGAAUACGGUGUACAUGUUUUAAAGAUUUUGCAUAAUGAUGUCGAUCCUUGCUUCAAAUGUCUUCAAUAUCUAGCCGAAUUGCAAAUUGCGUCCCUGAAUGCGACGUCAUUUUCCCUUUUGGAAAGGCUUAUCGAGAUCCAAGUCACUUUCGAACUAAGAAUGUUUUUCUAGUUAUUUAAUGCAUGAUAGGUCGCGAAAAGCAAUUGAAAUUCUUGAAAGCUUUCGUAAUUGGUGGUUUUUGUGGUACUUUACCUUCAUUUAUGACACGCGAGACCCAACAAAGCGACUAAAACAAAACUUCAUAAAAUGUCUGACAUGUUUGAUCAUUUUCGACAUGAAAAUGAAAUGAUGUAAAAUGUAUCGUACGAGUAUACAGUAUCACGGCGGAGUGGCAUGAAUGUACUAUGUUUGCUUUAGCCGUCUGUACCGUUUUUGAAAGUUGUUGAACUGAACAGGAUAUUUACAUAUAAAUUAGCUUAUUUUAAUUUCCACCAGUCCGUCUCAACCCGCUUAAAUUUAAUUGCUACUGUAAUUAAGGUAUGAGAAACAAAUUAAAAUGAGUAUUUUAGAGUGUAUCAAUAAUCCUUGUGACUUAACGCAUCAAACCUUUGCAUAACCUUAAUUCAACAUUGUCAGCAUGCAUGUUUCAUUGAAGAAUAGUUAUUUCCAAUUGAUUGAUUGGUGAUUGUGAAAAUAUGUGCUCUAGAUUGUUAAUUCUUAUUUUCCUACUUUUAGUUGAUGGUAUAGUUUUGAAUGAUUCAUUUUCCAUAAUGUAAAAACUUAGGAAAGUACUUUCAGCAAUUCUGAAUUGUAAAUCUUAAUAAUCUCAUGUAAAUAUAGGAAAAUUUCAACUUUUCAACUUUUAAAUCUUCAAAUACUGAAUCCUCCUUACCCCUUCCCCACCAAAAGGCAAGAUUUCCUUGUAGUUAUACAGGAGUGUUCCUCUUUUCCACUGUGGAAAUGUAAACCAACCAUUUAAUGCCUUCAUAAUUCUACAACUUAAGCAGGGCACAACAAAAGUGCUGUUUGAUAGCCAAGGUCUAGUAGAGCAGCCAGUAAAGCUAGCAAUGCGUUUUCAUCAUGAGUUGUCCAAUGGGCAAGCAACAGGUGCUCAGGGGCAGAUCCAGGGGGAGAGUGACCUGCGGUUUUCUAAUACAACUGGUAUUCUGCCAAAAAAAAAAAAGCUAUGUGGUUUAUUGGUGUUGAAGUAGAGCAAGAGAAGAGUGCACCCCCUCCUAAAAAAAAAUCCUAGAUCCGCCCCUGGGUGCUGAGAUAAAAAGUAAAUGUUAGUGAAAAAGGGGGGGUUGACAAAUGGCUGGUAGGGCUGGAUGACUGUUCCAGACUAGCAGAUUUUUUUAAAUUUUUUUAUUUCACCCUUUUUAAGAUUCUGUAUUCAGCAGUGUAGCAUUCAUACAUGUAAACUAAUUAAGUCUUAUGGCAGGUACAACUUGACCAUAGAUUUUAAGUUUUUGUGUUUUUGCUCUAUUGAUUUCUCUGGGAGUCACUGCCCAAGUGUACUGGAACCAGAAGUACAACACAGUGCAGUACUGUACAUCUGGGACCAGUGCAUAGGGGUUGAAAUAACAGCGGGUCAAUGGACACUGUCUGGUCAAAUAGAGUUUUUGUCCUCUCAAAAGAAGAUAUUUCAUAAAAUAAACUACAUGUAGAAACUCGUGAUAUGGAAAACCUUGCAAUUCCCCAAGUUGUACCCUGAAAAAUGGAUUUAAGAAUUGGAUGGGUGAACAUCUGCAAAGAUCCUUUCAUGAAAACUCUGAUUUCUUUCUUUCUGUAAUUCCCUAAAUACUUUUUUUCCUUUCUCACUGUCCUAUUUUAUAACUUAAUGCAUAUACCAAAGCAUAUUAUGUAAUUCCAGAUUGAAAACAAAUGGCAGUAGGUUUACAUGCAGACUAACCAGCUGGCUAAUGUAGAGAGCUGAAACCAGUCUUUAGUCCAUUGGCAUUGAUUAAGGGCCAAGUUUCUAAAACUGGUUGUUUCCAAGCUAGAAUAGGUUUGGUGGGACAACUUGACUGGCACCAGCUGGAUAAUUAUUUCAAGAUAAGUGUAGAAGUUAUCACAUAUACUGGCAUGAGGUAUUGAAAACAAUAUUAAAAUGCUUACAGGCCCCACUUACUCGUCUCUUCCCAACUCCCCUUUGGUUUUUGUUCAACUUUCCUCUAUGCCCUUUCCCUAUUAUCUUGAAGCCUGGAACAGGUCAUUUGUGACUCAGCCAGGUAGACUAAGCAUUAAGCAGAACCUUUGAAGGUCAGUAACAUUUUGGUAAUGUUGCUGUUUAUAGGUAUCCAUAUAAUAUAGUUACAUUGUAAGAUACUCAGUCAUAGGUAGAGCACAGAUAAACAGUGACCUUAAAGGCAGGUUGACGAAAUAUGAGAUUUGUGACUCGGGAAAUAGAAAGUCUCCUAUUGUCCGUAUUUAUUAGUGUCGGUAUUCAGUGGAUUAAUUUUAGAGAAAAUAUGUGAGCUUUUCUUCGGGACCAGUGAAACUGUCCAUUACAUACAUGUUUAGAGGUCUGUAUUAAGCAGGUGUCUGUAGAGCGGGGUUCCACCGUACCUUUUUAUGUAGCUCAUGGGCGUAGCCAGGGGAGGGUUUCAGGGGUUCCGGAACCCCCCCUCUCGCGGCAAGGACCCCCGCCUCUCCUAUUUUUAACAGUGAUUUUAUCCCAACAAGAGUGUAAUGCGCUUGAGGUAAUGGCAAAUGAACGUCAAUUUGCUGGCCAAUAUGGCGACGCAGCAUGGAGCUGGGACACAGACACCAAGAAUAAAGCGAGUGGACUUGCGAAAGCCAUUUCAAGUUUUUCUUUUAUAAUCACCUUGUUGACGGCAAUGAAAUGCCUUUCCGUCCUGAAACCCCUGAGAAGAGAGAUCUAGAUGUCUACGAGGCGAGCACUAACAGUAAUAGUGUCACGGACGAUCUCCAGGACAUCCGAGACAACAUCAAAGACAUCUGGAGCGAGUGGUUCGAUCUGGCGGUCUCUACCGCGGCAAAUGUAGGUGUUGUGCCUUCCAUCCCGCGCCGGACAAAUCAGCAUCAGCAUUGCGACAAUUUACCAGCCCAGACGCCAUCUGAUUACUAUAAGAGGGCAGUUGCUAUUCCCUUUCUAGACCAUCUACAAUCAGAGAUGAAAACAUACUUCAAAACUACUAAUGAUGCUGUGUUGUCCAGGCUCUUUAAUCUUCUUCCUGAGCUGGUAGCCGUCGGAGACAGAAAUCCUGACAUUGAAGCAGCGCUGGAGUUUUAUGAGAACGACCUUCCGUCUCCUCAUGUGGUUGAUGUUGAGCUCCCGCUAUGGAAGAGAAAAUGGUGCAGCACUGAGGAUGCCGACCUUUCCACCAGUGCAGUUCAGGCACUCGCAGCAUGCGAUCGAGAGUUCUUUCCUAACAUCCACACCUUGAUCCGCAUUUUGUGCACGUUGCCGAUAACGUCAACUGAAUGUGAGCGCUCAUUCAGUACACUAAGAAGGUGUAAAAACAUACCUGAGGUCCACCAUGUCAAGCGAGCGAGAGUCUGGGCUGGCGUUGAUGAACAUCAAUUACCACCGAGACAUAAAUAUCGAGGAAGUGAUAAACACGUUCGCGCAACGGCAACCAAGGCGUCCUCUGUUUGCGUAGCGUAAACGCCAAAGUCUCAAUAAAUUGACCUCGCUCCCAAUGUAUGGUUUCAUAGCUCAGUUGGUAGAGCAACGCACCGGCAACGCGGAGGUCACGGGUUCGAAUCCAGUUGAAGCCCUGAUUUUUUUUUUUUCAGGCUUCUUCUUUCCAGUUGCUUAGAUUGGAAAAUUUACUGCGAUGAUCAUUCUUCACUUUCAAAGUCUUGUACGUACGUAAUGUAAGGAUUUUAGACCAACCGUUUUCGUUGGAACCAAUUUGGAACCCCCUUCCUAGAAAUCCUGGCUACGCCCCUGUAGCUUACACCACUCCUUAGUAACCAUAGAAAUGAGGCAGCAGUUUAGUACAGAUUAGAACCUUCCUUUUUUAAAUUUGUGUCAAGUAUUGCUUUCUCUGUGAAAGUUGUGCUGUUCUUUGGUGGAUUUUAAUUUAAAGUUGAAAGUUCCUCUUGUCUUUCAAGCUCUUUAAUACUAGAAGUUCUAAAAAUUUGUAAUCACUUGGAGACCACCUGAUUGUCAUUAGCAGGAAGUAAAUUAAUGACAGAAAGUAAGGAGAUUUUUAUUAUUCAUCAUGGGAACAAUAAGUGCAGAUGCCUUUAAGUUAGCAUCUUGAGCUCUUUGCACAUGGAUUCUGUGUGCCAUUCCUGGGAUACAAGUUUGUUUUUAACGGUUCAACAUCCUUCCAAAAGUCCAGUGGGAAGUGAAAAAAGAAAGAAAAUAUUGUCACUGAAAGAUAUUUGUAACUAACGUGAGGGAAAAAAAAUAUUCCCAAGUUGGGAAUAAACUUUGUCUUUGUUCAAAUUCUUUAUAUCAACUUGGCCUUGGCGAAUCUUCAACGUGAUACAAAAUUCCUUAUGACAGACCAUGUUAGAUAUUAAAAAAUGAUUGCGUUUAUUGAUAUUUCAUGUAGUUCCUAGCUAAACUGAUAAUAUAUUUAUUUUAUUGACUGAAUAUAGUUUAGUACUGAAAAGCAUUCUUCGAAAUGAAGGGCAAAGGCAAGACGUUUAUUAGUCUCAGACUGAGUGAUGUAUAAGUGAUUAUAGGAAGUCUAAUUAAUGUCUGAUUAAUACACUGGUUGCCUGCUCAAUAUUCCUGGUGGUAAGGGGGCGGGGGGGGCGGGGGUCCUCUGAAUAUAGGUUUCAAUGAAGUGAACAAAGCUAAACUGUUUACUCUUGUUAGGGUCUUGUCUAGUACCUAGGCGUCAUUAUUCCGCGCGGUCAAUGCGUUUUAGGUCACGUGGUCCGAGCGAAGACGUGAGGCCAUUUCCCGACCUUUCGCCUCGGAUACGUCACGGAAGUGAAUUGACCGAGAAGGCCUGGAAAGACGCCGUACAGGGACUGGGCAAGUUAUGGUUGUGUUUCGGGUUAGGCGGCACUGUUUGUCUUUAUCUGUAGUACCGUGAUCUGUACUCUGACCUGUGACAUGCAAUAUGUAAAAGAAAAAAAUCCUGCCAUUGCCUUCCUUCAUUAAGAUGCAGGGCAGGCUGAAUUACAGAAGGAGAAAAUGUUAUGUAUGGUAAAAUUUACAUUGUUCCUUUCAGUUAAGUGCUGAACGUAACAUGACAGUUAGGGAGCUUGUUGCUGGAAUCUGCCAAGAAUACAACUUAACUAAUUAUCAAGUUCGAACCUUGCCUGAAAAAACGUUGCUUAAUCUUGAAGCAAAUGCCACCACGGUAGAGAAUGCAGAAAUAGCCAUAGAGGAUGUGGACAAAAGGCUUUCAAACUUCCAGCUUGAUAAUCUCCACACAAGUAAGUUGAAAGACUUCCAAAUAUAUAAGCGAUUACAUAAUUUCUAAUCCUUGCUGUAUCAAUGUUAAUGUGGAUGAAAAUAUUUCAUGGUUCACACAGGCUCCACAAAUAAAUUACUUUCUUGCUUUUUCGCGAGAAAAGAAAAGCUUUGAAGGUUCAAUCACACCCAAAGUUUCUUUGCAAAUUUGGGUGAAUUUGGGUGUUGGAAAAGAAAGGAGACACAAUUUCUCUGCUCCUCAUGAGAAAUUGAUUCUUGUUGCGUGUUGGCACAGUAAAUAAAUGAAUACAUGAAUAAAUAAGUAUAUAAGUUACUGGCAGUUACUAGUACUAAUGACUACAGGCAAGGAAGGACCUUUUUCCACGUGGGAGAGCUAACCAGCGACUCAAAGUGGGAUGACUGAGGAGACUAUCCUCUCAGUAGGUAUGCCCGCCCCCCUCCCCCCUGGUUCCCCUGGUUCCCCUGGUUCGGUUCAGACGCCGAACUUUUCAUGAGCCCAACCUAAUACCAAUUAAGGCCGACACAAAUUAUUAGACUGGCUGCAUUAAUUCUGACGCCGAUCUUAAUUUCAGCUGAACUAAGAGAGAAUAGAUCAUUCUCUCUUGGCUGUACUAAAUUCAAAAGGAGAAAAAUGCUCACUUCGGUCAAACGGUUUACUACGGCUGAGCCGCGGUCCCAAAUUGAAACGGACGUUCCUAAUUGACAUGAAUUGAUUCAGACGCCGAACUUUUCAUUUACUUAAUUCAACGUAUUAGAUUCGCCUUAUUAAAACGUUCAGCGUCUGAAUGGCGCCUAAGUCCUUGAAAAGUAGAAUUUGACCUUGGAAGUGCUUGAAGGAAAAGUAGAAACAUCAGGGCACCACGGCGAGGGCGGCAAAAAAACUUCACUUAAAGAUAUUGCCUUCACGUUCUCAGGAAUGUUUCGCCUACAUUUGACAAAGUAAGUGAGUUGGAAUAAUAGCGAUGAAAAUUGAAAGAACGCGAAUUCACUUUUUAAGCAACAUUUUCGCCGCCAUUGCCGUCCUCCGGUCUUAAGGUCUCUUUCUUAAACUCCCUAUUAACGGAACCCAAGAAAUGUCAUAUCAUGAAAGCUGAGUUGGAUUGCAGUGUUUCGGACUCAUUUCACUGUGUUUGUUAUGCUUGAUGUUGCAGUUAAAGACGAUAGACUUCGUUGUGUGAAAGAGCUGGUUUAUGCUGAAGAAGUCUACAACGAAUGCUUAAAAAGCCUGUUCGACUUGUAUGCUGAACCAUUAAGGUAAAAGCUUGUUUUAUUUUGAAUGGUUUCCGUAAAUGGUCAAUAAUUAAGAGGAACAAAACAUGAAAUCGUAACUUGCCCCUCGCUCCCCUUGCUUGCUGAUUCGUACAAUCUCGCCAGGUUUUGUUUGAUGAAAUGGAAAGGUUGUGGUUCUUUACAAGGAGAAAAGAUACUUGAGUUAUUUCCAUGAUUACUUGACCUUGAGUUUUUUUGUUUCUAUCGGCCAUUUUGAAGUAGUGUCUGAGACUGGGUCGGUGUUGUGUUGAAUUGCACUAUGGGAGUGCUUUGGAGGACGAAUUUUGACCCAGUAUCCUAUGCGACCUCGUAAUCCCAUCCAAUAUAAGAAAAAAGUCCCAUAGUGCAAUUCGACACUACACCAACCCAGCUGUAAGGCUCAAGCCGGCUCAGCCCGUACAGUAAAUAAGUUAUUUGCUUUUGCUUGUAUACCGUGGUUUGAUGUACUCAGUAGCAGUAUUAGAAGUAGCCAUGGCGUGUUUAUUAUGCCAACUCGCCAUUAUGAGGAGCGAAUCCAGUUCGGGUCACCAAGUCUUUCAGGUGAAAAUGAUCUGCUUUGGUGAGCUCUCCCUGAUUAGCACCUAUGAAUGACGGGCUACUUUGUUUUGAAGAUUAUCCACAAUGAUCACACACUUGGAUUUAUUUUGCGCGAGACGAGUGAGGGAGAGAGAGUAGGAUCGUAGUGUCCGCUGUUGUCGUCCUACGUAGUCUACUGAAAUUAAAUUAAUUACAAGAGAAGGUUACUAUUACAAGAUCAAUCUGAUCUUGGUUGAAGCGAAAAGCAAAUUCAGAACUUACAGUUUGUGUUCCAUAAGCGUUAGCCUUCUUCGCCUCUUGAUGAAUGGCACUUUGAAAGUGUCGUUACAUGACAGAAUGUUUCUUUUAAAAUCCGAAUCAACUGACAUAAUUUUUCCCGGGUCGCUAAUUUAAGGUGUCCGCGCUUUAAUCAAAUGUUAAAAAACUGAACAAACGGGAUAAACUUCAAAUCACUCCCUGUGUUAGGCAAAAGAUGCUUCUUUCAAUUUGAAAAAAAGAAACGGUUUUUGGAGUUAUUUCUCUCAUGUAUGUGCUUUUUCUCUCGCGCGGUAGCUCCGCUGUGAAUCAGCGGCUGCUAUGACAAACUGCAAAUUUGAAUAGCUUCCCAUAAGAAGGAAUGCAAAAAAAGCUCAAUGAGCUAGUAUCACUUUAUAGGUUAGUAACAAUGAUUGCCGAUGACACAGUCUGCAGGGUAUGAUUCCUUGCUUGUUUCUCAGCUCACAGAUUUAAUCACUGGUGUCUGUCACCUUAGACUUGCUACAAGUCAGUCGACCUCAAGACUUUCUUAAGGCUGGUUUUCACUAGCGACGGAGUCGUAAACAGAAGCGUAGAGCUUAUAAUCUAGUGAAAACAGCGUUCUCAUUCCGCUUACGACUCCGUCGCUUACGUUCCGCUUAUGAUCUAGUGAAAACCAGAUUGUCGGAGUCGGAAGCAGAAGCGCAAGAACUAAACCAAUCACAAAGCGUGGGAACGUCAAUUGUGAUUCUCUUCUGCUUCCGACUCCGACAAUCUGGUUUGCACCAGAUCAGCGGAACGUAAGUGACGGAGUCGUAAGAGGAGUCGGAAGAAAUGGAAACGUUCUCAUUCUUCUGCCUCCGAUUCCGUCGCGCUUUUGACUCCGCUAACGACUCCGAUUUUUUAUUUUCACUAGGUCAUAAGCGCUCUUACGACUCCGCUUACGACUCCGCCUACGACUCCGACUCCGACUCCGUCGCUAGUGAAAACCAGCCGUUAGCGAGCGGAGCGAGCUUUUAGGUAUUGAAGAACUGCGGCACAAAGGGUCAAACACUGGAAAAAGACGAACUGAGCAAAAUGUCACGCUGAUUUGCUACUGUUUUCUUAAGAAAUGUAGUGAUAUUAACCCGUUAAAAUCUGUCGUUAUUUGAACAGGGUACAGUGUCUACAAUUAGCACAUAAUUGUGACAACAUUUAUUGUGAAAAAAGGAGACAAUGCGUAGAUAAUCAGUGUCCGACAGAUAAGCAGUGUCCAUAUUUCGCGGGUUAAUUUAGAGAAGAUAUAUGAGCUGUCCGUUAUAUACGAGUGUCCGUAGAACAGGGUUACGGGGUGCCAGUAGACUUUCAAACUGAAUUCCUUCGUCAAGACAAGUCGACCUUCGUUGCUCGCUCGGCCGCUUCGCGGCCUUAAAUCCUCGCUCCGCUCGCUAAGAAACUCGUUAGGUCGGCUUGUGGCAAGUCUCAAUAAAGUGUUCUGCCCCCUGUUACACAAUUUUCACCUCCUUGGCUGUGAUAUCACUGCAUUCUUGCACAGUAACAUACAUGCGCGCCGUGUAGGAGGAGCAGUGAUUCCUGGGGAAGGGGAAUUCGAUUGAUUUUAAUUUUAACUAAGGUGUUUUGUGUAGGAGCAAGAUCAGCCGAGCAGAACAUCACACACUGUUUGCCAAUUUGGAGCCCAUUUGUUCAUUGAAUGCUUCGCUUUAUUCAAAGGUAGGAUAGAAUAGGAUAAAAUAUUAUCAACUACAUUUAAUCACACUAACCUAAAUCAACAUAAGGGCUGGUUUCCAAUAGAGGCGUACCGAGUAAAUUAAUUCCGUUUUUUACUUCCCAAAUAUAUCCAAAAGAUAGUGAGGGGUUGGACUGUAUUUCAAAUAAAAAUUACGGUUUGGGGAUUUUGUUAGAAAAUCAGUGAAAUUGACACUUAAGUAAAAUACUUUUUGUUUCGUCUUUCUACUUUUUCUCCUCUCAAGCAGUAAAUAUUACUUUAUAUGAAGGAAGAUCAUCGCAGUUAAAUACGCAAAUUUUUCAGUUGCGAAAAGAAACCCUGAAAAAAAUUCAGGCUUUAAAUGACGCGUAAAGCUUUUUCGAGAAAGGUUGUCGGAAAAAGUGCACGCGACAAAAGAAAAAAGUUCACCUUUAAAGAAAAAAAAUUCGAAAGGCUUGUUUGCGAGUGCUAAAGGAAAGGAUUCGACAGGAAGUCCAGAAACAGUGUAUUGAUCAUAUCCCGAUACCCGGUGCACAUUUUUCCGACAACCUUUCUCGAAAUAGCUGUAUAACUGCGAUGAUCUUCCUUCAUAUAAUUCUUCACUCGGCAGUUCACAUAUAUGAUUUUCAUAUAUUCAUAGCUUCAGUAAAUAUUACGUUGUGUAAAACCUCUAUUGGUAAAACCCUAUAAGUUGUCCGGUGUUAUAACUGCUAGUUCAUUAGUGGCUGGCCUGUGCUACAGACGAAACUAAACCAGGCAGACCUGUGGUUACAAGCCUGGGUUAGUUUACGUGUGCGACCCAAAUUAUAAGAUGAUUCAGUCUGGUUUUCGAACGUUCUAUGUAUUGAUUUUCACUUCUCAAAUAAGUGAUUUUUUUUCUUUGCAGAUAGACGAAGCCGCAAGCAACUGGAAUUCAGCAUCUACAGGGAUAGGUACCUGCUCAUAUUUUAUGUUUACAAUUCUUCUUUCAAUGAAAUUCAUGUUACUCGACUACAGGUUAGCGCAACACAUUUUAGCAAUCCGUUUGCCGCACACGACUCGCCUUACAACCCCUAAUUUGUGUUGGGUGUUCUGUGCAUUAUUGGGUAUCCUGUGCAAUUAAUAAGGGAGGUUUUUUUGAGAUUGCAUUUUCGUCGUCCACACACAUUUGCCUCGCUUUGAGGCGUUUGCUUACGUUUUGCCUCACUUUGACGCGCUAACUCGUGGUGAUUCGUGUGUCCUCGGCGUUCAUCUUUUAAAGGUUUGCUGAGGUCUGAUAUUCUGUCUUCGUAAAGGCGUUCAUCUUUUAAAAAGUUUGCUGAAUCUUCGUAAACCGUACAUCGAUCUGUGUUUGCUGAAUCGUCUAAAGCGUUCAUCUUUCAGAAGUUUGCUGUUAAAUUUUACUUCGGAUGAAGCCUUCAUAUUUUUAAGCAUGAUUCGUCACUGUCUUCGGAAAAUCUGCGACUCCUGGUGCAUGCAUCAAACCGGGUUUAGUUCGGCGGCCGUUGUGCCACAAAGUAAAUUUACCGACUUGUGUAGCUCGGCGGCCGUUGUGUCACAAAGUAAAUCUACCGAGUUGUGUAGCUCGGCAGCUGUUGUGUCACAAAGUAAAUCUACCGAGUUGUGUAGCUCGGCAGCCGUUGUGUCACAAAGUAAAUCUACCGAGAUGUGAAGCUCGGCGGCGCUAUUUGAUCAUGACUUGUGAUAUUUUCGACACCGGACAAACGAACACUUUAACUCUAUGAUAUUUAUUAGGAAAAACUUAUAAACCAGCCCACAGUAGCGCCACUCUCGAGUCACUGAAAUCAACACGCUCGACCAAAUUACUGGAAAAGUUAUUGAGGUGAGCUGCACACACAUUCCACUGAAGGCUUUGACAGGGUUAGUGCGAAGUUUGAAUUCAGAUGUGAAAGCUUUUAAAACAGUAAAUUCAAUGUAAUUCAUUUUGUCAACAAGUUGAUGAUUGGAUGAUCUUAAAAAUAACAGAGAAAAUUAUCUGAAGAAAUGUUUUUGAAGAAAGAAAAGAAUCCCGGGUUAAGCACUAAUCGGCCUUUGAGCUUGUAACUGCGCCCUGUAACUCGCGCCAGUAAAACAAAAUGUUCUAUUUAAACGCCCGACGCGGGCUAAUGUCUCCCGAUUACAAGCACUUGACACCGAACCAUACGAUAUCUUUUCAAAACCUUCUCAUAAGGAUACACAGUUUAAAUAGAGGUUUCGCUGUACGCAACCCUUACGUUCAAAUAUGCCAUAAUCAUAUUUACCUAUAUCGCAACCACCCUUUCCCCUCAACUGCUACCUGUACGCCUAACAAACAUAACGAACGCACUCUCCUAAGCUCCGAUUACUCCUAGUUUUAAAAAUAGGUGCAUCGGAAUCUGGGAAAGAUUUAGCUGCAUGGUAAAUGCUGACUUGUUUCUUUCCUUUGUUGAACGGAAAAUUAAUAAUAUUCACUACUUUCUAAGGAUCUUUAAGAAAAGAGAAAGCCGUUGUUUUUUUUGCUAAAAAGAAAGCAAGAAAUUCUCACUAUUUAUCUCCCCGCCCUAAAAAUGAUUUAAAUCAAAAAUCAAAAAGAGGUCAACCCCCUCUUAGUCAAUCAAGAUGCCCCCGAAGCAAUUGCGUGGGUUUGUUGAAAAACUGAGUGACUUUGUUCUAUAGGAAAACUGAAAAUCAGUCAACGAAUAUGUAAAGGUAAAAAUUCGGUUUCAGGCUAAGAAGGUGCCAGCCUGAAAAAAAAAAAAGCCGACAUUUUGCGACGCCACCACUGGUUUGCCCGCGAAAUGACGUUUGAGAAACGAGCACAGAAACUGAUGACGUGUCACUACUCAGAUCUGGGUAGUGCUUCUGAUUGGUUGAAGCAAAUUUCUCUCGCGGCACGACCAAUCAGAAUCACUACUCAGAUCUUGGUAGUGACGCGUCAUAUGGGACGACGGCGUGGACAACGAGAACGUCAAAAAAACAAUAGAUUUAAUAACCAAAACAACAAAUUGCACGUGGAUCACGCUUUUUUGUACAUUUGUUUGCCGUCACUGCACGACUAUUGAUUGGCUCAGACAAGCUGUCCCAUUUUUCUUAAAUUGGACAGUUUGCCUACUUGUAGUCCUUCAGGCUAUCCAAGUUAGUCCAGUCCUUAAUUUAGCAGUUUAUAAAAAUUAAAGAUUAAUAGCUUUGCUGACAACAUCGGAUUAACUACCAGCUACACAGUGUAACACAUUUGGUCAAGAGUAUUAAUUUUUUUAAAAAAUCUGAUGUUCUUUGACACAAGCAACACAUUAAUUGUACGUGACGUAACAGACGAUUUGGCCAAUCACAUGCGCGAAUUCAGCUUGAGCCACUUGGAUCAAUCGGCGGCCUACUGCUAUGAGAUAUACGAUGUUGACAAAAAUCAUCUAACUGAGUUUAUUGUGCAAAAAAGAACUUAGACAAACUUGCUUUUGUGUACUUUCUCUGUUUGAGGAAAUAUGAGCUGGUUUUACGAUCCUCUCUUAACUCUGAACGUCUAAAACAGAUACCGUAAAUCCUCUAUUUAUCCCCCUGGGGGGCUUAUUUAUUUCAAGCCUAUUUGAGGUGGGGCUUAUUUGAGAGGGGGGGGCUUAAUUAAUUUGAAAACGACGAUGGUAUCAGUUCUCCAUAAAGAACUAGAAUACAAAGUGGAAAAGCUCAAGUACAAGACAUUUUAGGUCAUGCAGCCGAGGACUAGGAUCAAAUCCGAUCUUCCAUUUGGUAAAUAAACCAUCCCGGAUCAGUCCACACGACGUUUUACAGCCGUGAUUAAUUAAUACAGUCUAUCAUUUAUUAGUGAAGAAUAAAUAGGGGAGGGAAGGGGGGUUUAAUAGAGAGGGAGGGCUUAUUAACUUUCUUCCCCUGAAAGGGGGGGGCUUAUUAGAGGGAGGGGGCUUAUUUGAGAGAGGGGGGCUUAAUAGAGGAUUUACGGUAUUUGUACACAAAAUAUGGCAGACGUUUGUCUCAUCUCUUAUCCCGCCCCUCUCAUUUUCAAAAACGGUGAAAGCCCUGACAUCAGGCGUUUUUCCACAAAGGAUCGAUCGAGAUGUGUUUCUUGUCAGUAAUGAAAUCUUGUACAUUGCAGGUGCAAUUUACGCAGAAUUUCCAUUGUUUUGGGAGAGUUAUAACGACUACUUCCUGGCUUACAAGUUUGCAAGAGCGUAAGUUUUCGUAUUUUAUACCGCAAAUGCUCGAACUAGUUAUAUUAGUGCCUCUUGGACUUUAAGUCGGUAGGAGGUGCUUAUUUCGUACUUCAGAUUGCGGGCUUAAGGUCUCUGGCUCUGAACCUAACUGACUGAAACACUGGAACGCAUCCAAAUUUGUGCGUGCAUUUGGUCUUUACUCGAAGCUCGUCCAUCUUUAAGUUAGUGUAUCCCUUCCUCGACCACUGUUAGCAGAGGAGACGCGUUUUCAUUGUCUAACCGAGUUGAUGUCUUCACAUGGUUCAUUCUCCACGUGCUGUGUAUGUCAAGAUUCCGUAGUAUAUACCAUAAAUCCUGGCAGCAAGGAGGGAAGAUCGUGGGGUCGACGGUUUUUAGUGACAAAAUCACGGCCACAUUACUAACAGAGAUAAUAAGUGUGGUCUACAAAUAACACUGUCUGGCUUUUCUCCAAUAAUGACCGCAUAAGUCAAAAGCUGGCCCCUCCUUCUCCCUGUUUUACCUACAAGAGUGUGCAGCUGAGCUCACGUACAUUCAUCCUUAAUCCACUUGUAAGUGUGAACUCCUUGACAAAGCAUAGGACGGUUAAACAACGAAAGUAGUAUCGUGGGAGUUAAGAAGUAAGACCGGGAACAGGCUUUGACUCAGUGGUCAGGCAUAAUAUGGAAACUAUACGGUGAGCCGGAUUUCUGCGUUACAUGUAAUGCGGCUUCAGUGCUAUGUAGUGUUAAGUCUUGUAGAUCCUUUCCAUCACCACUGACCACUAUAAAAUCGCAGGACAGCGUCUUGUCAAGUUAGAGGUACAUGUAGUCAGAGUAACCAUGAUUUAGAAAAUCUUUCUCUGUCUUUGAUAUGUCCGGCGCACCUGCUGUAUAAAAUGAAGUUGUGUUAAGUUGAAAAAUGCUUUUACUUAGAGAAAAGUCACGUGUCACGUGCAUGUUGCGUGUUAUAUACAGUGUUCCCGCGGAAAUCGUUCGGCUGUAUUUAACUGCAGCUUGGCAUGUUUAUCACUGAACGGAUGCACUGAGGUUUUUGCCAGAAAUGUUGAUGAGCUUUUUUAUCUUUUGUUGUUGUGGGUACCACGAAAACGACUUACCCGACCCUAAAGUUAUGAACUUUUCUCUUGAUUGUAGGUUAAUGAGACAAAAACGCGACCAUGAUAGCGAGUUCAUGUCCUUUGUUCAUAGCCAGAGGGGAUCUCACAGACCACAGUUGGAUGCCUUGCUGCUCAAACCGGUACGCUGCAGCUUGUGCUCUGUUUUACGGUUCUGCUAAUAGUUGUUAAGCAACUUUUGUAUAAAGGAAUAUUGACGUUUCUUGGUGAUCGUUUUCAUUUUUGAUUGUAGAAUGUCACACCGACGAUGGGUAAGUGGUUAAGUUGGGUUUAUUUGGCAAUGAAUUUUUGUACUUAUGUUGUUGUUCAUACAAACAAGCUGUAUUCUGAAAACUGAUAAGUCAGUUUACCUGUGCGAAUAGUAACAAAUUGCCUGUGCGAAGUACAAAUUCGUACAAAGUACAAAGGCCUAGGUUUAGGCUGAGAAUCGCAAUUACGACGAUAUGUUGCCAAUACGAAACCUUAAAAUGUUUUUCUUUUUUAGUGCGAUGUAUAGUUAGCCCAUAAAAUAUGAUUAGUAAAUGAUCACCGCUAUUAAUGCUGAUGCGAUGAUUGGCGAAAUACAGUUUGAUUUUGUAGGAGCUGCGUUCUAUAUUAGGAAACUAAUUUAGGCCUUGAGCCAAGACGAAAUAUCGCGUGGUUCGUUCUUUGUGUAAAGCACAAUGCUAUCUUGCGGUAUCUUUGUAGCUUGGAUAGUGUCGAUGGCUUUGAUAGUGGCGACAGUUUUUCUAAAUACUUACGUGCUUGAUAUUCUUGACCCAGCUCCUGAGCUUAGCUUCAUAGCUGGGCUAUUAAGGAAGGAUAUGACAUAUAAGUUUUGGACUCAAAUCAACUCCGAUACACCCAGGAAUUUCGCUACACCUUCCUGCUCACGUACUUUGAGGAAAACUAUUUUCCACUUAACAGUUCUGCAUUUAAUUUGCUUUCAGCGUCUAAAACUCCAUCUACUACUCGUAUCUUUAAGUUUGCUAAAUUGUCAGUGUACUCCAUUAUGAUAAUUAUCAAUCGUACUUCAUAGUAUCUGAUUCUUAAGGAUCAAUUGGUUUAUAUCCCAACUACAAUUUCCUUAUCUACUCAUGAUCAUGGAGGGAGAAGUUAUUUUAAAAAUGUCGAAAUAUUGUGAUUCAGAUCUUACGUCCUGCUUUGUUUCGUUAUAAGUCACAGUUCAUUUGUCAACAACUUGUUUUUGUUAAAAAAGACGUACAAAAAGAAUUUAUGAGUUUAUCUUCGUGAUAUGCAAAAUUGGAGUGUCAUUUGUCAACUAAAUGGUAACAAUUUACGUGCAUGGUCACGUUAUUUCUCUGUAAGAAAAGACACUAAAGACCGUUAUUUUAAAGCAAUGUAACACGUUAUUUCCUUUUCAAUCAAACGUCAUAAUUCGUGAUUACCCCGCUCAAUUUAUAUCUUUGUAGUUUCUCAAAAUAGCCGGCGAGUAACCAAAGCAUACUGAUCACAACUUUUUUUCAGUCGUGCUCAGAUUUUGCUUAUCGAUAAUAAUGUUACCCCAGGAAAGUUUGAAUUUGCAACAAAGCUAUCUAAUAAUUUUUUGUGUGAUGGCCUGGUGUUAUUUUGCGGUUUGAGCUCAUCUUACGAGGCGAUUUUAAUCAAUUUUUCUUGUCACAGUAAUAAUCAGUAGACCGAGUCAUGUUAAUAGUUUCUGAAGUUAUACACUGCAAACAAAGUGCCGCAGACACAAAAGAAGUUGAAAAGUAAUUAUUGUUUAUAAAAAUUGUUUUUUAAUUUCUAAAACGGACUUAACAUUAUCUUAGUUGGUUACGCCUAGACGGUCAAGGUAUGAACAUUUAGAAAUAUGGGGCUGUUUACAAAUUCUGUGUCCAUUAAUUUUUAGAAAUGAACCACAUUUGGCAUCCGGGCAUAUUUUGUGGCUCUUUAAGUCUUUGUGCGGUUUGGCUAAGCGUAUUUGUGCACGAUAGCACGGUUGUGGAAAAACAGAAAUCUCGGAUCUCUUUUGAAGUUAACCUUAAUUACAGCAGUGCUAUUAAUAAUUGCGGGCUAUUGUGUUUUAUUGUUUCUUUUCGUUUUGACUUAUUUUUAUUUGAGACAUUGUUAUUAUUCAAAUGCCUCACUCAGAAAAAGAGAGGUGCUUUUCAAUAGAAAAACAUAGAAGAAAUGAAGUGAAAUUGGAACGUUACGUUUUUUUUUUAUAAAUGAUGGUCGUUGUUAACGUAACAUAAGCCUUAAUAUGUGCAGGUAAUGUUUUAAAAUUGACCAAAUGUGGUAAAACUGAAAAAUAGAUCAUCAUAUUUAUGAAAAAGUGCAAUAUUUUUCUCCUGAAUAGUCCGUACACUUGAUUUCAUCCUGGUGAAGCAUAGUUUAAUUUUGUAAAUUAUAGAUACUGUAUCUAAUUUAGAAUAGCCUUUUAGAUGAGAUAUGAUCCACACAGAUUUUACUGGUUCGCAUUAAGUUAUGUAAUGCAUGUCUAUUUUUUGUUUUCUUCGAGUUAAAGUUAAGUAAAAAGUAAAAGUGUGACGCAAUAGAUAAAUACAUAAACCGCAAUAAGAAAACGACGUAAAUAAAAAGUAAAUAUGAUAGAAAUAUAAAUACACUACAUUACUCGUAGGAUAAAACGCUUCAGAGAAAGUCGUCACCAAUCGCUUUCCAAAUGUGGUGUUCAGCAAGCAGUCAGUUAUUCAACGAAAGCCACUGAGCAGUAAUAAUAAAUAUGAAGAAGACUAAAAGUAUCGCAAAUAUUUCACAUUAAUUUUAUUAAGUAACAAAAUUUAUUAUAGCUUUCAAGAUAAUACGCGCAGCGCAGCAUUUAGUUCAAAUAUCUUCCUGGGUGCUGUAAGUGCUAACUUAGCAGAGUGUUUGUCGUGUUUUUUUUUUUCCACUAAAAAGUGGAUACGAAAGUUGAUAUUAUUCCAUGUUUUAGGCAAGCGAUUAAAACAUUACAUUUGAAAAAAUAUUGUGCCGCACAGCACAGUUUGGUAUAGAUAAAUCUAAUGCCAAGUAAGAGUGCGUUGAGCGAAUAGUAUUUCUCUGCUUCACGAAGGAAACUGAGAUUCUUGUGGGACGCAUGUGACGUUUUAGCAAUGAUAUAUGAAAAAUAUUAGACAUCAGUCGCUAAAACGUAGUGGUGUCAGGUCUGUCAAGAGCAAUAUGUAGUGUGGCUUCCACUGCUUGUUGGUAUUAAUUACGUUUUGCUGUAAAGAGCAUGAAAUAAGUGGCCGAGAAACCAUCUUGUCAUCUUGCUCCGGGAAAAUUUUUGUCACGUGGCUGGUUUGGUGUAAGAUAAUCGAACCCAGACUCAGCUCCAAGUGAGGAACUGAGGAAGAUGUUAUGCUCAUGAUGUCACAAGCGCGCGUGGGACAGAAAAAAAGUCUGACUUCCAGUCGCGAUUUGAACCCAUUUCCUUCCACAAACACCGGCUGGCCGAUGGCGCGGCUCUAAUCACAAUCUAAUCGCUUUAAUGACCUCUCAGUCAUGGUGACCGCGGUAAUUCUACGAGGUUCCUAUGUGACACGAUGACGGGAUAAUAUUUUGUUACAAAUGCUUCAUCUUCGCCUUCCUCAUGUCCAUAACGUUAUAAUCGCUUUGAGCCUGUAGCGUGGUUCAACUAGCGAGUACAAGUAGUUCCUUGUUUAAUUUACUAGCAGAUCACCGGACGAUUACCAAAGCAAUCUUGCAAAAUGCUUCAGAAGCUUUGGUUUUGCAUGACUGUAUUUUCUGAUUGGCUCGACGAUCCACCAAUCGAAAAACUCAGAUGAUUUGACUUGCUUCCACAAGGUUUCCCGCGCUUUGCUUUGGCUUCAUGUGUCUGCGAACCUGAUUGGUUCUUUGGAUUGUCGUGUGGAUUGUGGACCGAGUAGUGAUGAGUUGUUCGAAGCUUGGUUAGGAUAACACAGGGUUAGUGUGAGAUUUGAAUUCAGAUUUGAAAGCUUAAAAAGCUUUUCAGUUUUAAUUCUUUUUGUCUACAAGUUGAUGAUUGGAAGCUCUAAAACUAGCAGGGAAAAUUAUCCGAGAAAAUGCUUCUGAACACAAGAAGAAGAAACCCGGGUUAAAUUUAACCCCAGGUUGAGCGCUAAUCGGCUUUCGAACAACUUGGCCCAGGAGUCUAUCAUUUUCCUCAGGGAUAGAAGACCAGCCGAAAAAGUGACCGGGGAGAGUCUCAAACGGGCGGAGAUUUUAACGCGCCCUCGCGUGUGUCGCUUGCUUAUCCCUGGGGAGGGGAGGGACUUUUGGUGGAGUAGUUAUGUAGUUCUGUAAGCCGACCUUUCUUGGCCCGCAAACACGAUUACACCACCUUUCAUUGCUUGGAAGCCUUCUCAGAAAUUUUUGAUCGUGUACCCCCGCGUUAAAGCCAAGUUUAUUGUGUACCUGGCCAUAGAGCUCUCCAGGUUAUGGCAGAAGCGGAUAACAAUUAUUCCAAUCAUUGUUGGAUCGCUGGGAUGUGUAAGGCUCAGAAAGACCUGUUUACUGAAGCCGAGUGGGUCAGCUACACCCUGCAAAAGACAGCUGUUCUGGCCUCCGUAUAUAUCUUGUGAAGAUUUUUAAUCUGCUAAACUUAGAGGACUGGCAGUACUCCGCCUAGUUGAUUUCCUUAUCCAGUACAGCAAACACGCACACGUACUGUGAAACUUGAACAUAAUAAUAAUAAUAAUAAUAAUAAUAAUAAUAAUAAUACAUAAUAAUAAUAAUAAUAAUAACAACAACAACAACAACAACAAUAAUAAUAAUAAUAAUACUUAGGUAGCGCAAUUUCCAUAUGUAGCGCAAUUUCCUUAUGCAUACGCUAUUGCAAAAACCUUCUUACAGCUAGUUAGGGAUUUGAUUCUAACUGAAAACGGUGACGAGCUUUUAAGUGGUGGAAAUUUAAACCGUAGCAAAAAUUUAAGCAUGAGGUUUUUCCUUUGUGAAUCCCUGACUAGACACGCAUUGUUUUAAAUAUUUAUUUUUAGGUUGGACUGUUUAUAAGCUAAUCAUCGCGCGCUUGUCUCCCCUUUUGUUUCGGAAUCAUGACCGUGAACAAAUGUGGGUGGAAAAUAAUAUUCACCAAGAGGGGACAAUUAACAGAUUAUAUUACAGAAUUGGCCGGAAGAGAUUCUUUCACGUCUGUAUGGUCUGGAGUGUUCAGGAAACUUACAGAAUGUUUCACUCUCUAUCGAACAAAAUUUAAUAGCCUAGUGCAGUUGGUUCUUUAAAUUUUGUCUUUUCACACUGGACACUGCAACUCAUCUUUCCGUCAGAUAAUUUUUCCUUUCAUUAUAAAGUUGAGCACAUUUAGUUUUUUCUUCGUUUAAAAUAUUUUUAAAUUCAGAAAAAGUGUCUUUUGUGACAUUUAUUAGGCGAGUCGUGUGGCAACAAGGAAGAAAGUUCGGCUCUCCCACUUUGAUUUCUCUCAGUGUUUUGAGGGCAUAAGAGAUCGUUGUGUGUGUGGGUGGCACUUAUACCUCCCAUGGAACAGCGGCAAUAGUCGUCAAUAUAUCAUGUUAACGCGAAGUUAUCACCGAAAAAAAUCAAGUGACUGGAUGACUCUUACAGGAAUGCUUCCCUUUUCUUGUCUUAGACGUCGUCGAAAGAGGCUUUCAUUACAAAUAACAGGAAAUUUUGUUUGGGGUAGAGCAUAUCUAAUCACUGAGCAGGUGAAGGAGAUAUUUUUAAACAUAUACAUGUAGCAUGUUUAUUGUCCUUCUAGACUGUUUAUAUUUCGGAUAUAUUUUCCUACCUUUGAAUUUUUUUAAUCGAAGACAUAUAUUUGCAUGCGAGUAAGUAUUUGCACAGAGUAAAAGGUUUUUUCUUCUCCUUUUCUCAAUUGGAUCCCGCAAUAUCUUGCUAAAAAUACCCUGAAUUUUAAGAGCAUUCUUUCAGUUUUGCCUUGAUUAAAAACAAACUUCUUUGUACAUAUUCAGUGGAGGUGACAAGAAUUAGGAAAUUCAUAUUCAAGUGGAAAGUAUUUGCCAGGUUUUAUUGGAAAAAAAGAGAAAAAACGGAUAUGAUUUUUAACUGCGGAGAAUUCAAAUUUUGUUUGGUCAAGUAGCAUGGCUUUCGUCAAGUAGUGGCUGUAUUAAGCAUGGUUUGUAAUUUAGGAUCUCAUCAGGGCAGCUAUAAACCAGUAAUCUGGGCUUUAUCUCUCGACAAAAAUGAUACGUUCUUUUCUUUUUUUAAACGAAGCUUCCGUCACCCUCUGACGUCUAUUUUACUCAACAUGCGCUGGCAUUUGCGUUUGUUUGUUUUCUAUGUUUUCGUACUCAAUGUAUGAAAAUCUGUCACAUGAGCUCUUAUCAGAAGACGUUAUUUGAUAUUAGAUAUCAGACUUGUCACACGCUCUCACCGCACUGUCCUAACCGCUGAACGCUGAAAUAUACAGUAAACAUUCGUCAGUAUUCCUCGUUUCUCGCAACUUGGAUGUCUCCUCUACGGAGAAGGCGCUUCAGUAAGUUUCGUAGCAGAAUAAGGAAAAGCUUUCGAGCCGCAAAGAGAUGGAAAAGUUCGUUUAGGACCGGUCGCAGAAGGAGUUCGAUGUUUCGGGUAAGACGCAUAAUUGGUUAAUAUUAUGAUCAUCACGAGCCAUUUAUGAAAAGUUGCCUAUUUUUUGUGUACUAAGGUUUUGAUUCUCAAGCAGUUAAAACGCCUUGUUUCUGACCUUAAAACCAUGCGUUUUUUGCGAGCAGGAAUUGUUUAUUGCCACUGAUUCAAACGGCGAAGCAAGUGAAACAUGCUUAUCUGGUUCCUAUGAGACAACUAAAGGAAUGACAACACUCUUACGUGAUUUUUUUAAGUGUAUUGACCUCCACUUUGUUAGCUUUUUUGACGAAGAAAAGUGUUAAAAUUUAUUUGGUAUAUUUGAUAACUUAUGCCAUUUUAAAUUACCUUCAUUAGAGGCCGACGUUUCCGGUCCAGGAAAUACCAGGAAUAUUGAAAUUUAUUUAGAAGUGAUUCGCACUUGAUGGUGCAUUGCCUUCACAGUCGGUGUUUGUCACUAAGUUUGUGGAGUGCAAAAAAUGUUCCGUUUUGUUUGUUUGUUAUAAAAACAAUGCUGCCAUAACUACCUCUAAGUAAGUCGCUUAAUGCCGCUUAAAUGCCUGUCAUCCCGAUUGAAGGUUGGCCAUAUUUAGACGUCACUGUUGUAAUUUUUUAGAGUGCCACUGAGGUAAUUUUCGAUUGUUUUUCGAAAACAUUUUGCAAUUGUGGUCUCGUAUUUAUGCAUAGUUUGCACUGACUUGGCAGCGCUGACGGAAGAUCAUAAGUUGUUCAGCUUAGCAGUUAAGGGUUUUGUUUUUGUGGUUCAGCUAAAAUUUUUAUCGCCGGUUCAUUUCCAAGUUGUUUCUUACUGUCGUCCACAUUUUCGUUCACGUUGUGGGAAGUGUGGUCGUUGUUGAAGAGCUAGAUGGGUGAUUGUAAACGUCAAUCAUGUAAUACAUCCAACAGAUUAAACAGCUGCCGUUUGUUGGAUGAUUUCAUGCUUUUUGCAAAAAGCCCAAAACUGUCAGACCUGGUGUGUUGGUGUUAAAAUUCGUAUUAAAUUAAUGUGUUUGGUUGUCCCAAACCCUGUGUCGCCGCGGAUCUGAUGCGAAGACCGCCCCCUUAGUUAGCAGUAUUCUUGUGUAGGCUUUUAAAAAGCCUGUUGUAUUGGCGACCUCAUUGGCACAAUCAAUAGACCAAUGUUGAUGUGAUUUUGUUCAUAGUUGUUUCCGAAGCUUGAGGGGAAUAAAAGAAAAAAAGGUUGCAUUUAUUCAAACUUUUUGUGUCAUUCCCAAAGCCACGGAGCUAAAUGAGAGUUUUAAUCAGGGGUGAAAUUAGUCUCUUACUUGGAGUCACAUUUUGCGUAGGUGUUUGGGGUAGGUUUCCAGAUUAAUGGGAUCCACUUAAAAAGCAAAGCCACUUUGAAAACGACAUCAAAGCUUGUCCGCCGAUGAGAAACUUAAAAGAACCGCCGAGGGUCAACAACUUGAAGGAUUUCGAGUUAUCAUGGUAAAUUAGAUCAACACCGAUCAAGGGAAGCGAAAUUUUGUUCGAGUUAUCGGGGUUCUACUGUAAUAUUUUACAAAGACGAAUGGUGCACAAGUGUAAGCAAAUCGUCGACUUAUUCAGGUAGAAUAGAGAAAAGAGAAAAAACUCGAACUGUAUUUUCUUUCUUCCUAAUAAUUUUCAAUGAGAAACAUUGAUUCCUUCUGGAACUACCGAACUAGUUUAUCCCCUCAAAAGACGCUAGAGUUGUACAACAAGACCUAUAGGAUAAUUACUAUAAGAGAUGUUGCCUGAUUUAAAAAUAAAUUGCUCUAUAUUUUAGGUUCAACAUGUGGUCGAAUGUGAACGUAUUCUGUCUAAUUUACUGGAAAGAACAUCCGAGACUCAUCGAGAUUACAAUGAACUGAGUAAAAUGGUCGCAAAAUUCAAGCAGGUGGGAUUUUAUCCUUUAUUUUUCCAUACACAAUAAAAUUAUGGAUUUUUGAGGGAAGCUCUGGUAAGCCGACACCCUAGCGGAACGCGUAAAAAGUGUCCGUAUCUGGAACUGGCCGCUUACGAGAAUGGAUCUCGUAUUCUGCGGCCACCAGAGUUAUAAGGGUUAGAUGGCAGCUUACGGGAGCUUAUCCAACCGCAAGUAAACGUUUCGAAAACAUUGGACAUGCAAGAAACUGUUUGUUGGUGUUUGGCUAUACCGUUGUCCUGACAAUGUUGUAAUUUAGUCACAGGCAUAGAAUCCAAGUGGUCUUACUCUUUUGAAGUGUAACCGGGCGGAUGUGUAUGUGAAAAAGCCAACACUAAAACUGAUGUAAAUUCAUGAUGAAGGACAGUGAUUUGAAGUUGAUUUGUUAAAGUACAAUUGGAGCUUGAAUCAAAGCCAAAAUUUAACUCUUAAAUCCUGAAAGUGUCCGCGGCCUUUUACGGGAAUGUAGAAAUAAAGAAUUUGUAUGGGAGUUAAAACGGGGUUUUGUGAAAGCGACCGUGAGUAGAGCCGUCCGAUUUGCAAAUGGCGAAUGCGGGUUAAAACCGCAUGGAGCAAGAGAAAGAACUAACAACUAACUCAAUUUUAUGCACUUGAACUAAUAUGACAGGCCAUUUUCACCAUGACGAAGACGACUGCAACUACUAGAAUUCAUUUCGUUUUUUCUUUCUUGUUUAAAUUUGUCAAUUAUCACACUGAGGUUUAGGAAACAAAAACAACAAACUAAAGGAGUAGUUCGAGCAAAAUGACGUCAUCAUACAAUAAACCUAUUGAACUUGUUUUAUUAUGUACGUUUAUACCAAUAAUUCUUCGUUGUUUAUGUAGAUUGUCAAAGAAAGACAAGAAGACGUUGUGGAGGCUGAAAACGAGGUUUGCAUAAUUGUCAUUUAUUUUUAUCGAUUUUUUUUAUAAUGGUCUUCAAUACCUAAUGGAAAGUUACUAUUCUCAGAAAAAUCUUUAAGUGACCACAAAGCCGUUAGAAUGAUAUUGUAGCAAAGUUUAAUCGAUUACCAUGUAGAGUAUGAACCGUUAUUAUCGCAUUUCUUUCUUAAUUGCUUUGGUUUUGCGUGUACUGAUGUGCACAAUUCAUUCAGAGGUCACGUGGACAUUACUUUCAGCCAUUUAGAGACAGUGUUAAACCAGUCAGCCAAUCAACGCCUUGUGUUUUUCCCGCGCUUACCGCUGGAUUCAAGGAGUGCUUACCGCCACUUGAACAGGCCAUUUCCGAGUUCCCCCAGGCCUCUGUAUCAAAACGAGGUUGAGUACUCAGCCUAUGAUAUGGAAAUGAUUUUUUAUUUUGAUGCAAAUAAAAUUCAUUUUUUUAAGAAAGGUUGUAUACUUCGCCUCAUUUUGAAAGUGAGGGUUUUUGGAAGUGGGAAGUGGCCUUUUGAAUGACGGGACGAGCUCAAAAAUUUUUUUGCGAUCAAUAUAUGGACAAAAUCGAACUAAAAUGCAACGCGUUCAACGGAUGCCAUGUAUGUGUUGUGGUUCAAUUUUAUCCUUGGUUUAAAUUUUAUUUCCCUUUGUUUUUGGGUAUGGUAAUGUAUGAUAAUGAGUUUGAAACAAAGGAAAAUACAAUUUAAACCAAGGAUAAAAUUGAACCACAACAUAUGCAAAUGAAUAAGAGGGGAGAAGGUUCUGCAGUUUCAAUCUGAAUUUUGACAUUCUGUGUUUCGAUUUUAAUACAAACCUGAUCCAUCUAGUUAAGUCAGUGUCCGGCACUUUGGUUAACCGAAUGUAAUUAUCAGACAUUGCUGGAGUCGUUUUACCUUGACCUUGUUGCUACUGUUUUUAGAUUUUGUUCGUGUAUUUUAUCAUUCUCUUGUGGUUUCCUGGUUUACUUCAACUCACUAGACUUUAAACGUAGCAUGAUAGCUGGGUAGUUACUCGAAAUUCUUGAGCUCUGCUCAAAGACUUUGUUCUUUGUAUCAUUUACUUAUGUAGCAUAGAUGAUACACGUAAUUUCUCUGCCGAUACAACAACUUCAGUAACAUUUUCCAACGGUGUUCAGGAAUUUUUUUGUUUCUUAGUAAUUCAUCAAUUCGAAGCCCUUUUCUCUAUCUUACUUUCUGACAAUUUAUUUUAGUUUACGUGUUUUGACAUCAAGCACAAGUGUUAAUUUAAUUUGCGUAUUCAUUCGACCUUCUUAAGCUGUAAUCCUCUUUCCGCUGAAAAAUCGUACGUAAGCUUUUUUUUAAAUUCAACAUUCCGCUCUAUUUUGUGCGUGGUAACUUGAUAUUAAAUAUUCUAACCGGUUGUUUAUGUCUGCCAUAUGUCAGUAUUAAAUAUUUUUCUCGAGGUUGUGAAGUUUUUAAACUUCCCUUUUUUCAAUGUGUCUUAAAGAGGCAAAGUUAAACCUAAGUGUUAAUGCACAUACGUUGACCUUUGGAAGGAUUCAGGUACUAGUUAUUGAGCCCAUGGGGGCCAGGUUAUCUUUGAAGUAGCUACUCGGGGAGUUACUAUAAGUAACGAGUAUUGGUUGCGGAUAAGGGAUAGGGAUCUUGGAAUAUGGACGUCUGUGUUAGGUUUCUAUCCAGGUUUUAAACUCAUGGAAGAUACAAUAGCGCACAAUAAAUACGUAAGUAAACGGUAUAAAAAUUUAACACAAAUUUGAUUUGACAAGAACAGCUUGAGUGCUUUUAAACGUUGUAUACAGAAACGAAAUUUAACAAAUUUAAUUUCAGAUGGGGGAUGUAUAAACUGUCAGUUAUGCAAUAAUUGAAUUCAUCACUUGUACUAUUUUAGUCUUUUUUUCGGCUUUUAAUUGUUGCAUAAAGAGAUUUAACAUAUUUAAUUUUAGAUCGGGAAGAGUGUAUAGACUGUCAGUUAUGCAAUAGCUGAAUUAAUCACUCUUGCUAUUUUAUUUUAUUUUUAUUUAUUAUCAGUGUCACCAAUUAGUGUUUUAUACGCUAGCACAGUUGACACUUUAAUAAUUAAAAGUUUUACUACUACUGCUACUACUGCUACUGCUACCACUACUACUACAACUACUACUACUACCACUACGGGUAGGUGAUUCUGCCUCGCUCUGACGUCCACAGUGCCGCGCCCCAAGGUCAGGGAAAAGUCAGGCAAAAUCAAUUUUUUUUUCAAGGUCUGGGAAAAGUCAGGGAAUGUGAAGAUUAGAAAACUGAACACAUUUUUGUCAAGGAAAAAAUAAUGUGGCCAAAAUUAAUAGAUACGCAAUGUAGAAGUACUGUAAAGCUGAGAAAAUGUGAAAUGUAAGGUCGGUGAAAUCGUUUAGAGGUUAGGUAAUACUCAGCAGGGAUUUGUCUUUUUUUUUUGCGGUUAUGGCUACCACUUUUGUUUCAUUUGUUGCUGUAACCUACAGUUUGUUUUAGAAACUCUGGGGGUUUUCUUUUUUAAUUCUUCUUUCUGCCAACUUGGGUUGAUCCCAAAAAGUGUAUUUACGCUGGCGGAUUACGGUGCGAUAAACUUUUAAGUGACAGAUAUAUUUAUUCCUUCGCAUAAUCAUUUUGAUUGGUGACGUAUAAUUAUUCAAACACUUCCGAGGGAUAGUUAAGUAACGCAUGCGUACUUAUUCAACAAACGCAACAGACAUUGCACGUGAAAAAUUCUUUUUUUUGCUUAGUUUGUUUGUCUUCUUCUGUCUUCUAGUUUUUACAAAGUAACUACGUUUUGGAGCAGUUUUUAAAAGAAAAGAGCGUCUUUCGUACGCAGUGAGAAUUUCUUGAAAAGGAAUGUUUGUAAUCUUUAAAUCCUGUGAAAUGUGACAUAUUUUGUAUGAAGUGUGACAUGUUCAUUAGAUGUUGACCCCGUUCGUGGUGAUCAUGGAAUUGUUAGCAGUGUAUCUUCACUUUAAGUACUUUUAAACUUCCCCGCAAUCCUUAGGCCUCCAGGUGUCGAGUGAAGACAUCUUAAGUAACUGUUGAAAUGUUUGAGUCGUCUAUGUCGUUAAAUCUGAGGAAUUUGUAACGAGGUGUUCAAAUUACCUAUGGGAUAUGGGGGGAUACAGCAUUGACUUAAUCAUUGACAUCACUAUAGCCGGACGUUUUCAUGAAAAUGGUUUUUCAUGUUUUAUCGCCGCAGAGUUAACAUGUCUGAUAGUUAAUGGAACAAGAACGAUUUUACGAUACCAGGAUAUCGCGAAACCUUUACGAGACAGAGACUCAUACUAAGCUAAAAAGCUGUGGAACUUUCCACAUUUCUUAUGUAAUAUUUCGUGAACGUUGUUGUUUUAUAUUUUAUGUUGUAAGUAAAAGCGAAACUAUAAGAUCUUGCUCAUACCGCAAUGUGUACUCAUUAAAACAUUUAAUCAAGCGGUUAUACAUUUGUUGCUCAGUCUUUGUCAGUCGUCGUUUGAUAAAGAGACAGCGGUUACUAGAAUGGCCGCUUAAAACACUGCUGUUUGGUCGAACAUGUCGCAACUUGUUAAUAAAGGAUAGUUAGUUCUUUUCAAACGUUGAUUGAGGUUUUACUCGUUCAACAUUUGCGACGUUUAUCCAAUUUUCUUUACAUUAGCCCCCUACCCCUGUCCAAUGUUCUCGUGCCUUUUUUCUUUUUGAAAACUAAUUGAGCAUCGUUUAGGCCGCGAAAUCCCGUGUUUAGUAAGUGAUAAUUGAGUGAUGAACCUAUUGAAGAAAGGUUAGGAAUUUGUUCAAGAGGUAGAAAAACUAUAAAUUCAGAAGGUAGUGAAGGUCAUAUGAGGUGUCUGUUACUCUAAAGUUCAGCUCGAGUUCUAUUUCGUCUGAUGGUUGCAUAAAGAAACUUUUUGCUGCUUGUUGCAAAGUACUUCAAGUUCCGUUUCUUUGUGUUUUCAAAAAGUUCACAAACUAAAAUGGUGGUGGAUUUUCUGGUAAGUGAAUACCUCUUAACUUUAAUUUGCUUUACCCAAAACAAGUUUAAAGGUAGAAACGGAAAGGCUUGUUGUGGAACUGCGUUGGCGGUGAAUUGACUGGUUUGAUGUGGUCUUUAUAUAACCUAAAUUGCCCUUGUUAAAGAGGGCACAAAGGCAAACGUUUCGUACGUCAUUGUAAAGUCAUGGCUUAUUCAGUUUAGUAGAGUGAGUCGUUCAGAAUGUGCUUUCUUUUUAACACAUCUUUUGUGAUCAUUUUAAAAGCUCGCGCGUGAGUUCUCAUGAUACGACCCCCAGAUGGAGAGAUGGCAGACAUGCCACUGAAGGCUCGAUUCGACUCGUAACUUGAAAAUCUCACGUUGAAAGUUCAAUGAAAUUACGUUCUUUACCUAACUUUGUUUUCAUCAUCCUUAAAAAGCGAUUUUUUGUACUUGCGUAACACCGAGCAGAUCACAAUACAAUAAUCGUCUGGAACUUGAUCUGUACGAAAAUGUUUUCUUAGAAGACGUCUUUGUAAGUUAUGCAUUUGUGAUUUAAUGUUUCUAACUUUAUUUCUGGUUAAUUGCCUUGGCUUUUCACCUUGCGGUAUAUAUAUUCCUUUUGUUUCCCUUACCACCGGUGACGCUAAUAUUUAGCAACAACGUUGUCAUUUUGUGAAAGCAACAACUUGAAAAAAAGUGACUUCUCGUCAUUUUCUCCUUCAAAUAAAUUUUUCGUGUACCCAUUCAAGUAUCGUUUUAUUGGAAAGAGAUACUAAAGGGACAUUUUUCGGCGUCAAAUGAUUAUUUGCGAGAAAAGACUGGGGCGAUUUUCAAGACCACCUUCUUUUUAGCCGGAAAGAGUUAUUUUUAUCGCGAUUUAAGACUUUUGGACCGGCUGCAAAUUGAAUGUGGCCUUUGUAACCUGUCUUAAGGCGUCCGGUGAAAAUCACUGCAACCUUUGAUGUCGUAAUGUUAUGUACAUUAGGUAUGUGCAGUGCAAGGGAAUUACCUUCGAGAUCUUUCUUUUUCAUUGUUCUCUUGAGUCAGUCAAGGAGUUUAUUCAAUGGCUACGAAGGCCUUGUCCACUCAUAUCCGGACAUUUUUUUAAAAAGGAGUUGUUUUUUCCCCUUUUUGAAAAAGUAGCGUAUUCGAAUCGCUUUCGCCCGUUCACACGAAAAAGCUAAAACAAUGGAAAUACGAUAGCAUGCAGGGCAUGCGCAGUAUGACGUAUGAAAUCAUCGUAUUCAAAAGGCUUCGUUUUCGUCCGUCCACACGAAACGAUAAGCCGGCGCGAAUUACAAAAAACUCCUCUCUGGGGACCGUUUCCGAAAACCUGCGUUUUUGUUACCCGCCGUCUACAAGACGGAAGGCUGAAAGGUAGAAAAAAAAUCCCCGUUUUCAAAUAUAUCCAGAUACGUGUGGAUGGAACCUAAGUUGAAAAUGGUAUUUUUAGAUCAUUUUACACCCCUUGAAACCCAAAGAGUGAGGCGUUUAGCUUAAGUUAAAAAAAAUGCAGUACUUUGCUCCUUUUGAUUGGUUGUUGUUGUCAGGGGUGAAAAUCUCAGCUGUUUUCAGGCUGUAAAGUGCAAUGGUCACCAAGCCGGGUGAUGACACACGUGAAAUAAUGGAUCAGUAUCGAGGUUUUUCGUUGUUGUUUGUUUAAUGAAUAUAUUGUUACGUAAAGGGCCUGUGUCACCAGGAUGUUGCCGUUUUAGGUUUAAUCUGUCCUGAAGUAAUUUACCCAAACACAAAAUGCUCCUGUAGAGUUAUGAAAAAGAUAUCAACCAAGUUUCACCAGGGAGCAUUAAGCCGGAAUACAAGGCAGUUUUGCUCAAAAUCCUUCAUAGUAGAAUAUUUCAUCCACAGACUUCUAAGGAAAAAUACUUGGUGGGCACAAUAGCUCAUAAUAGAAAACACAAAUGUAAAUUAAAGUACUGCUUAGUAACGACAGUAUUUGUUGGAAGGGGUUAUGUCACGAGGACAUUAUUCAGUGCCGUUUUGGGUCAAUUUUAAAGCGGUGAAGUCAUUACUUAGUGUCUUUACUCGCACACGAAAUACUCCUGUAGCGUUAUAAAGAAGAUGUCAAACAAAUUUCAUUAGGGAGCACUAACUAUAAUACCUCCUUGAAUGGCUUUUGCGGUCAUAGCAUUAAAACUUUAAAACAGGUGGCCUGACUUUUUCAAGUUUCAAUCCACAUCCAUCUUAGCCUUUCCAUCCCUAGCAACAGAAGACAGGAAACAGUUUCAAUUCCUAAAUAUGGUCUUAAAUAACAUAACUGGACCAUUAUUUUUGGAAUUUAAUCGAUGCGAAGACACAUUUUAGCUAUGUAAAAAGACAUCAAAUAGCUUGACAUAGUUCCUUUAACAAACCCAACCUUACAUAAAUCAUGUUGAGAAAACAUUACAUCACUCUGAUUAGCAGAAAAUGAUAGUGAUUCGAGCAAUGGAAAAUAGAUGACGUCAUAAACGAUGACGUCAGUUGCUGUUUGGAUCUUUCGCCUUUUAGACAAAUUUGGAAAUGUCUACUCAUAAUUUAUGAUGGGAAGGAAAAUCUUUAAAAUCAGUGCUAAAGAAAUUAGUAUUACACGAGGUAGUACUUUUACACGGUUCGUUUUCAAAAAAAAGCAUAAAUGGUCGUAGAAUUUAAUUUUUAUGUUACUGUAAAAAAGAUUGUUUUUGAAAGAAGCAAAGUGAUUUAUCUUUUGUUGCAGCCUGACCUCAAAAUAUCAGAAGAAUAUUUAUUAGAAUGUUCCUUAUAGAUUUUUUAAAUCAACAGACCGUAAAUCGUGCACGUGAUUGGAGAUAUCCGCGUGCCGAUGCGUUCAUUUUCUCUACAGGGACGUCAAAUACAAAAAUGAUGUCGCAACAUUAUAAAAGUGGAAAUUAUGUUACGACUAAAAAAGCGGAGAACGGAUGCAUUGUCCCUGUACGUAAGAUGGGAUUAACGUUGUGGCCAUAUAUGUCGUCUGUGUCUAAGCUCACCUGCACGAAAUCAGCUUAAACGGAAAUAAUGUAAAAGCGUCACCUUGAACAAGGUUUAGUGCAAAAGCCUCGUUGUUUUAUGUUUUACCAGUCUUUCGAAAACAAUGUUUGAAUCUUAUUGUUCAGUUGAAAGGAUCCGGCGAGAAAUUAAAUGUAUGGGAGCGUGGGAAGUUAGACUGAGGAAGCGAUCCUUCGUAUCUAAGGCAAGUAGAGCCGGGUAAGAGUUUACUGACGUUACAUGAAAUGUUACUGUCUGACUGACCCCGAGUUUUGGGCUGCAAAUUGAAAACUUUUGUACCUCGAUGUGUUUGUGAUGCAACGGGAAGUAAUUUCCUCUCAGGUAUAAACUAGGUGCCAAAGCUAGAGUAUUUAGCACCUUAAAAACGUCUUCACUGAUCAGCCUUCGUAUUCUCAAAGCUGCUGAUCUUACGGUUGUGUUGACCGGCUGGAUUUGCUUAAUGAUCAAGACUUUUUUUUCUUGGUGAUCAUCGCAUUAUUAUGUUUGGCUGAGAAGUGAUAUUGAGAUUCUUAGGUGGUUAAAGAAGUCGGCUUAAGGACGUGAGAGUUGUACGAAAACAUUUACUCUAAGUUACUAGAAACUCUUCAGGCAUAAAUGUGAGGAAAAGUAUCCAAGAAGAUAAUAAGGGAUGUGAAAGGAGCUACUAAUUUUUUCAGUUUAUCGCUUGCAAUAUAUGUAAAUGCCAUGCCGCUGCCAUCCCUAACCAUCCUUGAAUCCUUCGUCUUUUGAUAUUUUUCUGUUUUACUUAACUAGUGUUUUAAGGUUCACUUCAGUCGCAAGAAAAUUUACGCUGCAAAAUGAUAACUCCAUACUGAUGUCUUUUCAAAGAGUACAUCAAGAGGCGCAAUCGAUUGGCCGCAUACCCUGAAUAAAAGAACAAUAACUGUAGAAGUCUCUAAACAGCGAAGAUAUCAAUCUUUUGAAAAUUUCCGCAAGUAUAUUACAGUUCAAAUCUGCCGGAAAUUCCAUCAUUUAAUGUGAUCGGCAAGAGUUUUCAUUCAGCAUCUAAGUAAAUAAAUAAAAAUGAUUUUUAUUUAUUUACUUAGGUUGGUCAAUUUUGGCCGGGUCACCCCAACAGCGCAUGACGGCAAUUACUGCUGGCCUGUAACAUUUCCUUCCUCCACACACCGGCCGGAACAUACGUACCCUACUCUUUUUGAACAGUGUGCGGGUUCUUUAGCAUCAUUCAGAAUUUAUAUAUGUGUGUGUGUGUGUGGGGGGGGACGAAAUCUAACCGCUUGCAGAUGCCUUUACAAAGGCAGCGCUUUCUGCUCAGUUAUCUGAAGACUCAACAAAAUCAUCACUUCAUAACAAAUAUAUAGGUGAUUUCUAAGCAUGGUAAGUCUCACCUUCAUGGAAAUUGAAGAAACCGAUAUUGGCGGCUGUUGCUUUAUAGCUGGAGCUCCCCACAUGGCUAAAUCGUCAGUUUCUCGUAAACGAGUAUGACGACGUAUCACUUCUUUCUAUUUUUUUUUCAAAAUGACCAUAAGAAAUAUAGAUCGUUUCCCAGAGCAGAGAAAGAAACGGUAGCCGAAAACAUGUUUAAAGCAUGUAUUCGAAAAUAUCAUAAUAUGACUAAUAUUGUAAGGAUUUAUUGUGUAUAUACAUGAUGCUGUUUCCCCUAAUGGAGAAUGGGGGACCUGUAUUUAUCAUAUGUUAAACAACCAAUAGGGGAAAUUUAAGGUUCUAUUUCAGAGAAAUGACCUUAAAGGGCUCCAGAUUGUCUAAUUAACCUAAAUGCUCUUCUAUAUAUCGUUUGUGUUCUUUUACAGUUGGUAGUACUUGACAAUUAUUGCUCGAGCCCGAAUGGGCUAUUGACUCACAGGCCAUGAGGGCGAGAGGAAUAAUUGUUUUAGUAAAAUCCAACUAGUUGGUCAAAAAUAUCGAGAAUAAAAAAAUUGUAGCUGGUUAAAGCUACGCUUUAAUCCUUUUUUGCCGCCAAAAAGCCCGCGCUUCCGCGCUUUUCGCUGCUAGUGGGCUAUAACAUAUAGCCUAGUAGUAGCUCAACCAAUCAGAACGCAGCAUUGAUAAUAGACCGCUAGUUGGAUUUUACUAAUUAGUAAUAUUUCAGGGCUGGAAUUGCGUAAAGCAGUGCUCGGUGGACCCUACCCCCUUUAAAAACUAAGGUUGUUAAUAUUAAUUUCCAUGGUAACCUGUUAAGACCACACCUUGAAAUUGCUGUGAGCCACUUUAAUUCCCUCAACUUCUUUGGCUAUCAUAGCAACAGACGUCUUUUUGCUGUUUUGCUUUUCAAGCAAGAUUCCGUUUCUGUGUCCUUGUUUUGAGGUCAUUGUGAGUUCCUCGUGGGCUGAAGCAACAAGCAAAACUGUUGACUUCUUUUGGUCCUUUUUAUACGUGCAUUUAGCAUAAUAUUGUGUUUAUAAGUUAUUUGAGUACACUUAUUAUUAAAUUUAGUGCACUCGUUAAUUAAUUAACGAGUUAUUUUUGUCUAAUAUAAGUUGAAAUGUUGCGAACUUAUCCGUGUUUUCCAGACUUAUGGGUGGUUGUGAAACAUGAUUUUAUUCAAAUUUUGCAGGUUUUAAACUCAAAGUUAGAAUCACGUAAGACGUACGGCGGAAGAGUUCUAUUUCCCAUCAGCGCGAUUUUUACAGGCAAUUUGCAAUAAAGAGAGCUUUGUUCCCUAGAGACCUCUAGUAAGUUAGACGCGCUGGCGCCAGAAUAUAUAUGGGCACCGAUGUUUUUUCCCCCACAAUGCGAAUGCUUCCGUCUAAAGAGUGCACAUUAUUUGAUUUUGAAAUCUGAACUCAUGCACAUUAAUAAUAGCUAUCAAAACUUAUUAUUAUUCCCAAAAUGCUGUUCUUUGAUUGUCUAUGAUAAAUCUGGCUCGUGCUUGUCAUUUUUUCCAUUUCUCCACUAACAGCUUUCCUGAAUUCCUUCAUCCUUCUGUUACUUCAGCUAAUUAUUUUUCCCGCAAAAUUGCGCUUAUGUUUACAUUUCUAUGAAUCCUUAAGUCCCUCAGAUAGGGCUCAUUAGCUGGAAUGUGUUCCCUCUGGAAUAUACCGUUGUUAUUAACGAUUCAUUCCUCCAAAAACGAAAGCUAUAGUUUGAUUCUAACUUAGUACAGGUGUUGAUUCUCGCUGAAAAGACACUUGUUUGUUUCUCUUUGGCUUUUGUUUGUUCGGUUCAUUUUGUAAAAUCAUUUCGCGUGAUACGAAAGCGCUCUGAGUUAGUCCUUUGACCUUAAGUAUUGGGCUAUCCCUGUCUCGAGUGAAAUUCCUAAGACUCUUAAGUAUGUUAUACAAGUCUAUACUUAAAACUCAAAUUUUAUUUCUAUUUCCUUUCAAAGACUUAUCCUUUAAAAAGUUCGGUUUAGAUAUAGUUUACUCUGGAUGAGGCUCAUUUCAAUUCCAGCCUCGCAUGAAAGCAAUACGGCAUUACAAUGCAAGAAAUGCAAUCACUCUCUAUCAUUCGUUGAUAG